GCAGAUAAUCAGUCAGUGUCGGACUUGACGAGUGUGACGAUCGUUCUGAAACAACAAACUACAAAAAUAUUGUGGCGUAAAAGCAUCAGUUCCGUCGUUUCAAUGUGGUAUUAGGACGAUAUUUUUCCGUUCAGUCAAACUGUUAGAAAGUGCCAAAGAAUCAUGAACGCGUUUAGUAUAAGAGGCGUCUGCUUCUUCUUCGCGAUCGUUCUAUGCGUUUGCGGUGGUCCCGUUCAUCGCCGUUCCGUAGAAUCUGUCGCUUCGCCAGCGGAUGAUGAUAAAGAUGUUCGCCAGGGAAUCAUUGAGCUCGAGAAGUUGUACCAAAAAGUCAAAGCUAACCGAACGCACGCUGCUUGGGAUUACGCUUCCAACUUGACCGAACCGAAUUUGGAGAAGCAAAACCAAGCGGCUAGCCACUUCGCCGAUGUAGCACAGGAAAUAGCUCGCCUCGUAAGCCUGUACCCGUUCGAUGAGAUGGAGGAUGAUGAUCUGAAGCGACGAGCUAAAAAGCUUUCGACACUCGACGAUGCCGCUCUACCUGAUGAUAAGUUCAAAGAACUGCUCGCUGCGAUCGCCAACAUGGAAUCGAACUAUGCAAAGGCAAAGUUCUGUGCGUAUGGUGAUGAUACCAAGUGUGGGCUAACGCUUGAUCCUGAGCUGACGGAGAUUUUCGCCAAUCAUCGGGAUGCGGCCGAAUUGAAGCACUUCUGGGUGCAGUGGCACAACGCGACGGGUGCACCGACGCGGGCUGACUUCCAGAAGUACGUCGAUUUGAAGAACGAAGCGGCCCGUUUAAAUGGAUUCUCGUCUGCUGCCGAGAGCUGGUUGAAGGAGUACGAUGAUAUUACGUUCGAGCAGCAGGUCGAUGAUGUUAUCACUCAAAUCCGGCCCUUGUACGAGCAGCUUCAUGCCUACGUGCGGUACAGGUUGCGCCAGAAGUAUGGUGAUAAGGUUGUCUCGCCUACCGGACCCAUACCGAUGCAUCUGCUCGGCAACCUGUGGGCUCAGACGUGGGACAAUAUUGCUGACUUUACGGCCCCUUUCCCGGAAAAGAAGCUGCUAGACGUUACCGAUGAGAUGGUGCGCCAGGGAUACACACCACGACGGAUGUUCGAAAUGGGAGACGAUUUCUUCGUUUCGCUCAACAUGACAAGACUGCCACAAACAUUUUGGGAGAAGAGCAUUCUCGAGAAACCGACCGAUGGCCGAGAGCUGGUUUGUCAUGCUAGUGCGUGGGAUUUCUUUGGCACCGAUGAUGUCCGCAUUAAGCAGUGCACGCGUGUGAAUAUGCGCGAGUUUUUCGUGGUGCAUCAUGAGCUCGGUCACAUCCAGUAUUACUUGCAGUACCAGCACCAACCCAUCGAGUUUCGGCGUGGUGCCAACCCUGGCUUCCAUGAGGCGGUUGGCGAUGUGCUGUCACUGUCCGUGUCCACCGCGAAGCAUUUGCGCCGGAUUGGUCUGCUGAAGGACUACGUGGAGGAUGAGCAGGUCAAGAUCAACCAGUUCUAUAGGGCCGGUGUCACGAAGCUAGUCUUCCUUCCGUUCGCUUACACACUGGACAAGUAUCGUUGGGGUGUCUUCCGUGGGGAAAUCAAACCGGAACAAAUGGCGUCGGUGACCAGGGUGCGAGCACUGCUGGUGCUGCUAGUGGUGGCGAUCGUCCGUGCCAGCGACCCCGAGCUAGAACGCAGCGAACUGAACGCCCAGCGCUAUGUGGGAGAGCUCGAGGCCGAGAUUCUAGCUCGCAACAACAACGCCACCGAGCUUUCGUGGGCCUACGAGUCCAACAUCAGUGAGGAAUCGCUGAAGCAGCGGAACGAUGCCGCCUCGCGGAAUGCCAUCUUUUUCAAGGAAGUUGCCCGUGAACUGCGGGAGUACGAUUAUAACAGCUUUAAGGAUGCCGAUCUGAAGCGACGCAUCAAGAAGCUGACCGAUUUGGGGUACGCGGCCCUGAGUGAGGAGAAGUUCUCGCAGCUCGUCGAUGCGAUCUCGCGCAUGCAGGAGAACUAUGCCACGGCCAAGGUGUGCGAGUAUCGUAACGAGUCAAACUGCAACUUUGGACUCGAGCCCGAGCUGACCCUGAAGCUGGCGAAGAGUCGCGAUCCGGAGGAACUGAAACACUACUGGGUGCAGUGGCACAGUGUGGCCGGUAAGCCGGUGCGCAAGGACUUUGAUGAGUACGUGACACUGAACCGUGAGGCCGCACAGCUGAAUAACUUCACUUCGGGGGCCGAGUACUGGCUCGAUGCGUACGAGGAUGAUACGUUUGAGGCGCAGGUAGAUGCCGCGAUUGAACAAAUUCGUCCCUUGUACGAGCAGAUCCAUGCGUACGUUCGGUACAAGCUGAGGAAGUACUAUGGAAGUGAGAUCGUAUCGGAGAAGGGACCCAUUCCCGUCCAUUUGCUCGGUAAUAUGUGGGGACAGUCGUGGGAUAACAUCGCGGACAUUACUACGCCCUUCCCGGAUAAGAAGCUGCUCGAUGUAACGGACGAAAUGGUUCGCCAGCAGUACACUGCGAGGAAAAUGUUCGAGAUGGGUGACGAGUUUUUCACGUCAUUAAACAUGACGAAGCUUCCACCGACAUUCUGGGAGAAGAGCAUUCUUGAGAAGCCGAAAGAUGGAAGGGAGCUUGUUUGCCAUGCCAGUGCGUGGGAUUUCUACAAGAAGGACGAUGUGCGCAUCAAGCAGUGCACUCGCAUCACUAUGGAGGACUUCUUUACGGCUCAUCAUGAGCUGGGCCACAUCCAGUACUAUCUGCAGUACCAGCAUCUACCGAGUGUUUACCGAGAGGGUGCCAAUCCUGGAUUCCACGAAGCAGUGGGCGAUGUUAUUUCUCUGUCCGUUUCGAGCCCGAAGCAUCUCGAGCGCAUUGGACUUUUGAAGGAUUUCGUGAUGGACGAAGAAUCGAAACUGAAUCAGUUUUAUCAAUCCGGUCUCUCGAAGCUUGUCUUUCUGCCGUUCGCUUACACACUCGAUAAGUAUCGUUGGGAGAUAUUCCGAGGGGAUGUUAAGCCCGAACACUACAACUGCAAGUUCUGGGAGAUGCGUUCGAAGUACUCCGGCGUUGAGCCACCGGUCGUACGCAGCGAGGAUGAUUUCGAUGCCGCUGCCAAGUACCACGUUUCAUCUGAUGUAGAGUAUCUGCGAUAUUUCGUAUCGUUCAUCAUUCAGUUCCAGUUCCAUCGCGCCGCAUGCGAAAAGGCUGGCCAGUACGUGAGGGGUGAUCCGGAGAAGACGGUGAACAACUGUGACAUCUACCAGAGCGCGGAGGCGGGCAAUGCACUUAAGGCUAUGCUUGCCUUAGGAUCAUCGAAACCGUGGCCCGAUGCGAUGGAAGUGCUAACGGGACAGCGUAAAAUGAGUGCCGAUGCGCUGAUCGAAUACUUCCAGCCGCUUUACCAGUGGUUGAUCAAGGAGAACAAAGCCAUCGGUGCGCAUGUAGGAUGGGAAGCAACUGACAAAUGUAAAACAUCAUAGUUGCAUCCGAAGCUAACAUUUCAUAAGAUCCUAUAAUUUAUCGAAAUGUUAUAUCGCACGCUUUACAUCAUCUAUGACACGCGACGGUUCUCGGAAGCAGAAUUUCGAGAGCACAGACCCUCUGAUUGACAAUCAAUAAAAUCCACACAAAAAAAUAUCACUUCAUGCUGCUAUUUUGAUGAAGAAUCUAAAUACAAUCGCUCUUAUCUCUAGAGCUCC